AACUGGAGGAACGGAAGCAAUGCCGUAAGCAGUUAGCUUUUGGGUCCUUUAAAGACCAGUUCCCCUUACAAAGUAAGCCGGCAAUCAUCUUCCCAUAAAUUAUCAAAGUCACAAUUACACUAUUUCUCUCUCUGUAAAUACCCUGCUCUGUUGCCACUAUAUCAUAUAUAUAUAUAGAGAGAGAGAGAUAGGUGUGUAUAAUAUACAGGAGAGGAGAUGGCGGGAGUGAGGAGGAUGAAGCUAGGUUCACAAGGUCUAGAAGUAUCAGCACAGGGACUAGGCUGCAUGGGCAUGUCCUGCUUUUACGGCUCUCCCAAGCCCGAUUCCGACAUGAUUCCACUCAUCCACCACGCCAUUAACUCCGGCAUCACCUUCUUCGACACCUCAGACUUGUACGGUCCCCUCACCAAUGAAAUCCUAAUCGGCAAGGCUCUCAAGGGAGGGUUUAGAGAGAGAGUUCAGUUAGCGACUAAGUUUGGUAUCAGCUUCGCCGACGGCAAGCCGAAAAUUCGCGGUGAUCCGGCGUAUGUCCGGGCCGCCUGCGAGGCCAGCUUGAAGCGGCUAGACAUCGAUUGCAUUGAUCUCUAUUACCAGCAUCGCGUCGACACUAGCAUCCCUAUCGAAGUCACGAUGGGAGAACUCAAGAAAUUGGUUGAAGAGGGUAAAAUCAAAUAUGUAGGUUUAUCCGAGGCCUCUGCUUCAACAAUCAGAAGGGCACAUGCUGUUCAUCCGAUAACAGCUGUACAGUUGGAGUGGUCGUUAUGGACAAGAGAUGCAGAGGAAGAAGUUAUUCCUACUUGCAGAGAACUCGGCAUUGGAAUAGUUGCAUACAGUCCUCUGGGACAAGGAUUCUUGUCUUCAGGUCCCAAGAUGAUUGAGGAGUUGUCUAGUAAUGACAUACGCAAGCUUCUGCCCAAGUUCCAUCCUGAGAAUGUGAAGCAUAAUAAGAACUUGUUUGAGCAAGUAAAUGCCAUGGCAGCAAGGAAGGGGUGCACCCCAUCACAGCUCGCGUUGGCCUGGGUCCUACACCAAGGAAAUGAUGUGUGCCCCAUACCUGGCACCACCAAGAUUGAAAACUUUAACCAAAACAUUGGUGCUUUAUCCGUGAAGCUAACCAAGGAAGACAUGGCUGAACUCGAAGGUAUUGCGUCAGCUAAUGCUGUUAAAGGUGAUAGAACUGGGGGCAUGUCACUCACUUGGAGGGAAUCAAACACACCCCCAUUGUCCUCGUGGAAAGGGGAAUAAGCAUACACCUCUGCCUCCUUUAGUUUCUUGAGGACUGGUGUUGCAAUUUUGUGGUGUUCUAAAACUCGUUAGGUUCCUUCAUUUCACUGUGUUCAGAAAAGGUACUGUAUUUUCCAUAUUUGUACGUGUGCAUGUGUGUACAUUAGUACAUUCAUAUACUCAUAUUUAUAUAUAAUGUAAUACUUAUUUCAUUGAAGUAGUUGGAAAUAAAGUUUGGUUGUUGUUGUA